AUGCAUUUCGCCCUACCUCCACGCAAAACAUCGCAUCCUCCCCCCUAUGCUCGUGGAAACAUCUCUGUCUCUGCGACCAACAGACGGCGGAAGCAGUUGCAGAUCCUCAGCUAUGCAGUCCUGGGACUCUUAACAUUCUACCUCUUCUUGAAGUUGGCGCUACACUCAAGCUCGGUGGGGGAUCACGAGGAUGGUCCAAGUAAGAUCGAAGGACAUCAGGAUAUCGUUCUGGUGACGGUGUUCGACAAUGAGACUAUGAGCGAAGAUUACAUGAAGAUGGUGAAGGUGAACCGGGAUGAUUACGCUGCUAGACACGGAUAUCAGAACUUCUACACCAACACCACCGCGUAUGCCAACCUCGUUCACCCUUCACCAUCGUCCUGGGCCAUGGUACCAGCUCUUCGACACGCAUUAACAGAACACCUCUCGAGCACUUUCUUCUGGUCAUUAUCUGCUGACGCCUUCAUCACCAACCCUUCACUCUCACUGGAGACACAUAUCCUCGAACCUCUAGAAUCACUCAUGCUGAAAGACGUUCCUGUGGUUCCUCCUGACUCCGUCAUCCAUACUUUCUCCCACCUCAGACCUUCUCGAACGCACCUGAUUCUAUCCCAAGAUGCCGAUAAUCUCGCUCAUACCUCGUUCAUCCUCCGCAACACAGCCUUUACACCUGCCACAACAGACAACUGGGCGCACUAUUUCCUGGACGCUUGGUUUGACCCGUUAUACCGUGCCUAUCUCUUCCAGAAAGCCGAGAACCAUGCGUUUGAGCAUCUUGUCCAAUGGCAUCCCACUAUACUGGCCAAAUUGGUACUGAUCGAGCAACGGCGCUUUAAUUCCUACAACUUUGCCAGUCCACCUGUUAGAGAUCAGGUGACAGGCGAGACACGCACCUACGAUAGUAUGUGGCAAGAGGGAGAUCUUGUGGUCAAUCUGAAAGGAUGCAGGGAGAGUGAGAAACGUGACUGCGAGGAAGAGAUGCGGCAUUACUUUUCCAAAUGGGAGCAAGAGGUUGAACGACUGGAUGGUAAGAAACCUGAACACCGUGUUGGUCCUCCCAAGCCGAAGCAACAACAGGUAAAGGAAGUCAAGGGGAAAGAUAGCAUGGGCAGUUGA